CAAGGGUGUGAUUGCAUGUUUCGAAGUCAAUGGUUUUAUUCUGCGUCUGGGCACAGUCAGGUCUCACUCACAUUCCAUCUAUUCACUGGAACUGGAAAUCUGACACCGUGUGGGAUGCAACAGGGCUAUAUAAGACACUCUUUAGUGCAAAUUAGUUUAAGUGCUUAGUUUUCGACAUUGAAGGACAUCCUAACUUGCACAGAUCUUCUCGCUCAGCCAUGUCGGUCCGUCGCAGCAGUAAGACGUUCACCACUCGGAGUGUGUUGGGGUCAUCUUCCUCUGGUGCACAGGUCAUGAACGGAGUGGGGAGUUUAGGGGCCUCCUUGUCUUUUGGUGGACAAAACUACGGCAGCGCUGGGGGCUUUGGUGGCCGCCUCUCCAGAUCUUUGUCCACUUCAUCUUUGACAACGGCUGGUCAUGGUUAUGAGGUCAUGUUGCAUGGCAGUGAGAAGCAGACAAUGCAGAACCUCAAUGACCGUCUGGCAUCUUACCUGGAGCGGGUGCACACUUUAGAGCAGGCCAACAAGAAACUUGAGCUGCAAAUUAAGGAGUUCUAUGACAACAAGAGUCCACUGCAGAGCAAAGACAUGAGUGCUUAUUUCAAAAGCAUUUCAGAUCUCCGCACACAGAUUAACAGUCGUUAUGUGGAGAACGCUAAGAUCCGUCUGAGUCUGGACAACACCAAGCUCGCAGCUGAAGAUUUUCGGCUGAAGUAUGAGACGGAAAUGAAUCUGCGUUUGAUCGUGGAAUCGGAUUUGGCUCGACUGCGGGGGGUUCUGGGGGAGAUCAAACUCUCCAUUGGAGAUCUAGAGAACCUGCUUGCUGGACUGAAAGAGGAGCUGCUGUUCAUCAAGAAGAACCAUGAAGAGGAUCUGCAUUCGUUGCGGCAGCAGCAGAGCGGUUCUGUUAAUGUGGAGAUGGACUGUGCAGGUCAGUCAAACAUUGACAAGGAGCUGCAGGAGAUGAGAGCGCAGUAUGAGAUGCUUAUUGAGAAAAACCGCAGAGAAGCUGAAAAAUGGUUCCAGAGCAAGGCGGAGGUGCUGCAGACUCAGGUGACCAGCAGCUACACUGAAAUCAAGACCUCUCAGACUCAGCUCACUGAUCUGAAGAGGACUUUCCAGAGCCUGGAGAUAGAACUACAGGGCCUUCUCACAAUGAAAACCAAUCUGGAGCAGAGUUUGGCUGAUGUUGGCAUGCGUCAUGCGGCCCAGCUGAGUCAGCUUCAGUUGCGUAUAGAUCACCUGCAGGAGGAGCUUCAGAGACUCAAUGCCAACAUCCAACAACAGGCUUCAGAGUACCAGAUACUGCUGGACAUCAAGAUGAGGCUGGAGAUAGAGAUCGCGGAGUACAGGAGGCUGCUGGACGGAGAAGCUCACACGACCUUCAUAAGCACAUCUGCAUCUUCCACGUCUAAAACUUCUGUGACGGAAACAGAAACUGUGACCAAGAUGGUGGAGAUAAAGGAAGAGGAAGAGCAUAACCCUCACCUCCAGCGCCGAGUGAAGGUCAUUGUGGAGGAGAUUGUGGAUGGUAAAGUCGUAUCUUCUUCUGUUGAGGAGAAACUCCAAGAAAUUAGCUGAGAAGAUAAAGCAACUGCAAAAAAAGAGAAAAAAAAUAACAGUCUUACAUGUAAACUAGAGUAUAAAGAUAAAUGGUAACUCUAGGGUGACAAUACGUUCUCUUUUACCCUGGCUGGGAUUUCUAAAUUGCCUAAAAUAUCCUGAACUUAGCUUAGAUUUUCUUUUGGUUUUCUACUUGCUGAAGGUAAUGAUUGAACGGUAGUUUGGCCAAUAGCGUGCAGACAUUGUACAUAAUCAACCAAUCGUGGCUCACGAGAAGGCGGGAUCUGCAGAGAGCAUCAGAGCAAUCCAGAUAUGCAUUCAUAUAAUGUAUGAAAGCUGUAGAAAGCAUGUCAACAGGAAAACAAAACCAAAUUAUGCAAUUUAGAAGUCUGAUUUAGAGCAAAAGAGCUCUUAUUGUCACCCUAGUCAAUGCAAAGAUUAAAUAUCAGUCUUAAUUCUGUGACAAUAAAUUGGUAUUUUUGGGCUUUAAUUGUUCUUUUUCUUGCACUUAGUAUAAUUAUAUAGUAUAAUUAUAGCGUGUUAUUUUGUCAUCCAGUCAUUAUUACUAGAACUGUGGUGUUAAUGUUGGUGUGUUUUGGAUACGAGCCACUAGGUGUCGCACUACGUCAAUAAUGAAUGACGUGAGAGGGUGAAUGUAAGGAAAUGAACCAAGAAAUGGUUAAACUGAUGAAAUUAAAGUAAACAAAAAAGGGCAAAAAUGUUAAAAAUGAAAAUAAAAAGUUUUUUAACAACAUAUCUAAAUGUAAACAUGUACUUUUCUAUAAAUGCAGGAUCCUGGCCACUAGGUGUCAUAGUACAUCUAGUGUAUUUGUUGUGAUAGUCAUGCAUGUCAUUCUGAUAUAGUUGCACAUUUGUAUAUACCUAUCACAUAUCAAAUGUUAAAUUUAUAAUUUGUUAGGAUGGAAAUCAGAGUACCAUAUUUAAGGGAAUUUCAUUUCCAGUUAAAAGAGAACUUUAUUUUGAGUGGAUGUUGCCAUUUUGUGCCAUAUUUGAGUGCUAUGAAAAACUAUCAGUUAACUAAUAAACAUUUCAGGAUGUAUUGCCUUAUUUAAAGGGAUAGUUAACCCCAAUUUGUGCCAAACCGAGUUUCUUUCUUCUGCUGAACAGAAGAAGGUAUUGUGAAGAAACUGUUGGACCCCAUUGACUCACAAAGUAUGGAAAGAGAUACAAUGGAUGUAAAUGUGGACCAGAACAUGUUUGGUUAUUUUAUUUUGUGUUCAGCAGAAAAAAAAAAAAAAAAGGAGAAAUAAUUAAAUUAGGUUUGGAAUAAUUUAAGGAAGAACUAUCCCUUCACAAUUUUUUAAAUUAUACAAUCAGAAUCUCAAAAGAUGGAUACAUAUAUCAACAUUAAAAUGACUUUCUAAUGUAAGCUUACUGGUAAUCUCAUAUUGAGCAAUCGCGUGCUGAGCAAGAAGAACUGCUUAUGUACUUGAUCUUGAUUAAUGCAUGAUUCUGCUAAAUGUUUUUUCUUACAUUACAACACAAAUCCAAAGUAAGCUCAAAGGAUAAUACAAUGAUAAACUGUUUGGUUAAUGGGUAAAUUACUUUUUAAAGCAGGUGUUAAAAUAGUAUACUUAGUAUUUCUAAAUGAGAGAUAGAGCUGAAACAGGUUUUAUUUUGUGCUCACAAGCUGUGGGAAUUCAGGUAAAACAUUAAAGUUGGUGGGGGGUAUGCCUGUUAUAUUCUUGCAAAGAUAGAAGGAAUAAAAUAAAAACAGUUCUCU